UGCACCACAAAAAGAAGUGACCGUACUGCACACACACGCACACUUCACAGGCACAAACCCAUACCACGUACACACACAGAGGCCAUGGCGGCGUCGGUUGGCUUAGGCACCACGGUCGCGGCGCCGGCGGUGGCCGGCGGCGGGAGGCGCCUGGGCCUGCGCCGCCGGGUGGCGCUGCCGCCGCCGUCCGCACGCGUGGCGCGGCCGUCGGCGACGAAGAGCGUCACGGCGGUGACGGAGAAGGGGCUGUUCGACACCAUCUUCGGCGCGCUGUACAAGGAGGAGCAGCUGCUGGAGACCGACCCCAUCCUCAACAAGGUCGACGGGAAAGCCGCCGCCGCUCCCGCCGCCGCGUCGAGGAACACCAAGGCCGGCCGCGCGGCGGCCAAGAAGGCAGCCGGCGACGGCGGGUUCAGCUUCGGGACGUUCUUCUCCAAGAAAGAGUAGACGUACGUGCAGCAUCGUCAUUUACUCUUUGUCUCUAUGUAAUCGUAAGCUAGCCCCCUGACUUGAUUCUGAUCUAAGGGCUCGCAAGUCGCAAAUAUCUGAUUCUGGAUUUCUGAUCCAUGACGCGAUUAAUCCUACUUGCAUCCAGUGAUGUUUCUUCAA